AUGUUUGCAAUAUCGCUCAAAACAUCAGCAGAUAUCCUGCCUAGUUCUGGUACCGGCAAUGAUGAGCAGGAGGCUACUGAGGAAAUGCCAGAUGUCCUGCCUAGUUCUGGUAACGGCAAUGAUGAGCAGGAGGCUACUGAGGAAAUGCCAGAUAUCCUGCCUAGUUCUGGUACCGGCAAUGAUGAGCAGGAGGCUACUGAGGAAAUGCCAGAUGUCCUGCCUAGUUCUGGUAACGGCAAUGAUGAGCAGGAGGCUACUGAGGAAAUGCCAGGUACCUCGUGUGAAACUGUAUAG